AAUUCCACUUCUUCCCCCCUCCCCAACGUCAGCUGUCUGGUCAAUUUCAGUCAAAGAUUCGGGCUUUCCUCGUCAAUUUCGUGCUCCAAGACUUAAAAGCUAGCUUCCGUAAUGUCUGUCGUGGGUCAUGACACUGCUUCCUAGUUGCCGGUGCUCGGUGCUUGUCGAGAUUAGAUGCGCUGCGCAUCUGGAGCCUCGGAUUCGAGAUGCCUCCGCUAGCUUUUAAGUCGUGGCCGUAUUUUGUUUAGCUCAAUCUCGCUCCCUAUGUCAGCGUGACACUCCUUUAGUAUAGUACCCAAUCGAAACCAUCCAGGGCCAGCUUCAUCUUCCGGAGUCGAUUUCUGGGCUUCAUGGCGUACCAGGUACCGAGCGGGCAUUAGCCGUUAGCUAGCUGCACCCGGAGACACUGAUUUGGAGCUCUCCAAGUAUUGAGCUACCUCUCUGUUUUAUCGCCUUGUGCUUGUAAUUCAUAAGAAGAGCUGUCUUUUCCCCUAGGGCUUUGGAGAUUGCCAAGAUGAGGAGUAGAUUUAUCAUUCUUUGUGUGAUGGCCUGUCUAAUGGCUCAGCUAGGAGCUGCCAAUGUCGUGCUAAUGGGAAAUAAUCUGACCUUGUCGUUUGAUGACAUCGAGGCAAGCUUUGCUCCAGGGGUGAAAGCAUCAGGAGUUAAUGGCAUAGUUUAUACUGCUGAACCUUUAAAUGCCUGCAGCCCAUUGACAAUCAAAGCAGUUGAGGGACCCCCAUCUCCCUUCGCCUUGAUUAUAAGAGGUGGAUGCACAUUUGAUGAGAAAGUAAAAAAUGCACAGGAUGCUGGAUUCAAAGCUGCAAUCGUAUAUGACAAUGAAAAUAGUGGGGUUCUGGUUUCAAUGGCUGGAAGCUCAAGUGGUAUUCAUAUAUAUGCUGUAUUCAUAUCGAAGGCCUCUGGAGAGGUGUUGAAGAAGUUUUCAGGCCAUGCUGAUGUAGAAGUGUGGAUACUACCUACAUUCGAGAACUCAGCCUGGUCGAUCAUGGCAAUCUCAUUCAUAUCGCUACUUGCCAUGUCUGCCGUAUUGGCUACAUGUUUCUUUGUGAGAAGGCAUCGAAUAAGGAGGGAACACCCUAGAAAUCCGGAAGCUCGAGAAUUCCAUGGAAUGAGCAGUCAGUUAGUUAAGGCAAUGCCAAGUCUUAUUUUCACAAAAGUGCAAGAAGAUAACUGCACAUCAUCAAUGUGUGCCAUUUGCUUGGAAGACUACAAUGUUGGAGAGAAGCUUAGAGUACUGCCUUGCCGUCACAAGUUCCAUGCAUCUUGUGUGGACUUGUGGUUGACUUCGUGGAGAACAUUCUGUCCUGUAUGCAAGCGAGAUGCAAGUAGUGGAGUAUCAGAACUUCCUGCCACAGAGGCUACCCCAUUACUUUCUUCUGCUGUUCGGUUACCUUCCCAGCCAUCUUCAUCCUGGUUGAGUGUGGCAGCAUCCCCUCCGAGACCAAUAAGCCGGCGUCCUUCGUCUCAUUCGGUUUCUCGUGCUUACUCUGUUUCUUGUACCCCCCAGUCUCCCAACCCCUUUAGAUCUUACACACACUCUCCUGGUAUUAGUACAAGCAGAAGCAACGCAGACCUUGCGAAUAUGUCAUCUCCCCACCCUCGAAUCUCACAUUUAUCGUCGACACACUCCCUUGUUGGCAGCCACUUGUCUCCACCAAUCAGUAUAAGGUAUUCAUCACCCCAUGUAUCCCUGUUUGGCCACGGAUCACCCAGCGUACAUUUUGGUUCAUCUUAUAUGUCCAAUUCUGGAUAUGGAUCUUCGAGCUACUACUAUCUUGGAGCCUCCAGCCAGCAUGGAUCAUACCUAAGACGAUGCGGAGAAUCAGGGCCAAGCCUGUCUACUAUGGUUCCUCAAUCACCACAGCAGUCCCAGUUGGGGCAUUGUGAGUCCUCGGAGGCAAAUGUGGUGACAGGCGCAUUGUCAGCUCAGUCUUUGCGGCAAUCCUACCUGAGAAACUGUGGUGAUUCAGAUGCCAGUUUGUCUGACAUGACGUCAGCUCAGUCGUUGCCGGGAUGCUAAGGGACCCAGAUGUGUACAAAAUUAUGGCGCUAUUUGUGCCAUUGAGGCAUGUAAGUAACAUAGGUGAGAGAAACAUGCAUAGAAUAUUUGUUGUUGUUGUUUGUUUUGGAGUAGCCAGUUUUCUUGUGCUUGUGUGCAUAUUACAGGUGACAGGAAGAAUAUUUAUUUGUAUGUAACCUGGUAGGGCGAAACAAUUUGUUUGUUUGAAUGUGUAUGUCACUUGUAUUGACUGGA